GACUGCACAUUGUCACGUGAUAAGUUCAAGAUGUCUGCGCCCAUGAAAAGAUGACACCUGUCGAUGUGUGACUGGUUUCCUAUCGCUUGAUCAGCUUUUGAUGUGUCCUUAUUGUGUUCGUUAUAAAAAAAAGGGCGAGAACAGUAGCGCCUAAAAUGAUUAAAAUUAAAUUGAAUACACCCCCUGAUCAAUGCAUUUGACAAAUGUAAUAAGUUAUACCGAAUCUGCAAUGUAGGCGCCUUCGGUUCCAUCUAAACCCAAAGAUAAACUGUCUACAGAUUAAAGUACAAUGAAAUCAAGUUCAGACUUAUUGGCGGGUGCUGCCAAAGCCACAACCUACAACAUGGCACUGCAGCUGAUGAUACGGGUGAUGACUUUCCUCUUAAAUGCAUUUGUUUUGAGAUUUAUCACCAGGGACUUGUUGGGUGUUGUUAAUGUCAGGUUGCUGUUGCUGCAUAGCACGUUGCUGUUCUUGUCUUGUGAGCCUUUUGACAAGGCCUGUCUCAGCAAGCAGGACAAGAAAGACUGGCGGCAAGUCAUCAACCUCAUGUGGUGUGCGGUCCCGAUCUCGCUGGUGUUUGGCACUGUCCUAGGCUCUGUGUGGAUGUUUGCCCUGAAGUUGCCUGACCCUGAAGCUGUACCAUACUAUAACAUCGGUGUUGUCUGUUUCUGUCUCACAUCCGUGCUGGAGUGCAUUGCUGAUCCACUGUGGUUGGUUGCAAGGGCACAUCUUUUUGUCAAGCUCAAGGUCCUGGCUUUUGGGGCAAAUCAGGCCACCAAGUGUGUCAUCACAGUGCUGCUUAUAUACUUCGUCCCAUCUCUCGGACUUCUGGCAUUUUGCAUUGCUCAGGUGACAGGUGCGGCCGUCUACUGCGUCAUCUACUAUGUCUACUUCACACUCUAUGUUGCCAAGAAGAAAGAUGAGGAUUUCCCACUGAAGUCUGUGAGGGACUUCUUCCCACAAAGGAUAGAAGGGAAGCCGUAUUUUGACAGCCAGCUGACCAGUCUAGUGGGGAGUUUCUUCCAGCAGUCGCUGCUCAAACAGGUCCUUACAGAAGGGGAGAAGUUUGUCAUGACAUUCCUUGGAGCUCUCUCAUUUGCUGAUCAAGGUGUGUAUGACGUCAUUAACAACCUCGGCUCGAUGGCAGCCAGGUUUAUCUUCCAACCAAUCGAAGAGAGUGGGAACCUGUUCUUCUCUCAGCUGCUUGUGCGGGGCAUCCCUACUCACCAACAGAAGCAGGACUCUGCACUGCUGUGUAGCCAGGUGCUGGCCUAUGUGUUGAAGACUGUCACUCUCAUUGGUCUAACUAUCCUGGUGUUUGGCCAAUCAUAUUCCUUCCUGGCAUUGGAUCUCUACGGAGGAAGUAUUCUCAGCUCGGGGGCAGGGCCCUCUCUCCUGCGAUGGUACUGUCUGUAUGUUCUCUUCAUCGCCAUCAACGGCAUCACAGAGGGGUUCGUCUUUGCAACCAUGAGCAAGGAAGAUGUUGACAGGUACAACAGGAAGAUGUUUAUUUUUUCUGGAGUUUUUCUCCUUUCCUCAUGGCUCCUGACAAAGUACCUGGGCAGCGUCGGCUUCAUCCUUGCCAACUGCUUUAACAUGCUUGUCCGGAUCCUACACAGUGUGUCUUUCAUCCGAGGGUAUUACCGCCAGAGUUCUGCCCUGCCCCUGAGAGAAGGCCUCCCUUCCCCACUGGUGCUGGUCAGCCUUGGGGUGGUCAGUCUCAUCAUGUACACAUCAGAGAAACUUCUCUGCUGUGACAAAGGCAUUUUAAGAAGAAUUCUCCACGUUGGUAUUGGUGGUGUGUGUUUACUGGCGGUACUUUUAGUUAUGUAUGUUUCUGAAAAGAAACUUAUAGCAUUUGUCAAAGAACAAUUUGACAAGAGAAAAAAUAAAAAAAAUGAAGAAAAAUCCAGCUGAAUAAACUUUUUACAUAUUUACUCAUUCCAUUUGUUGUUUUACUCACUGACUAUACUGUUUGUCUGAUCUGUUGUUUUCAUGCAGGAUAUCAACAUACUCCAGUCUUUUCAUUAUGGUGCAAUAUAAGUUGUAGCAGGAUCACGAGGGGUACAUGGGGUUUUAUGCGUCCCCGAGGGACUCAUAAAACCCUAUGCAUCCCAGGUGAUACUGCUGCAACAAAUGUUUCUUACAGACAUGUUUUAAUAUGACAUAGUAAAAGAAUCAAAACAAAUUUAAAAUUGAUAGAAAACAGCUGUUCCAUUGAGCUGAGGGUAACUUGUGCUGUCAUUGACUUUCAUUGACUCUGAAAAAGCAUGCAGCUUUUUGCUUCAAAGCGGGAUGUAAGGGAUUUAUUCUGCCUCUCAGUAAUCUGCAGCAGCCUGACUUGUUCAUGGGGGGGUAUUAGGGAUUGAUUCACCCACUGAGAAAUUUAUUUCCCAUCAAGGCGGGAUACAUUAAAUUUUAUCAAGAUCUUGUGGACCAAUCAGAUCUCAUCAUUCUGACAUGGAGGUAUUAUAAGGUUACUUUUAACCAUGCUAAAUUGGAGUCGAAUGCACAGUGUGUUUAUCUCUUUUCUAGGGGACAAGGGUGGCUCAGUCAUCUUGGGCACGCCAGAAAUCUAUGAUCCUGGGUUCGAACCCUGGUUAUGUUUCUAGGUUUGUCAGGACCCAAUGUAAUUAAAAUCAAUCUUAGUUCUCGCUACCGCUGAACAAAGAUCUGAGGACA